UGAGUUGUUUUAUUAUUUAACUGUUUUACAUGUCUAUUUGUUGUUGAAUUUCAAGAGUUUGGCCCGUAAGUAUAUCAAUUUUGCACAUUAGCUAGCUGUAAAUUAUGCUAGCCAAUAUAGGCUAAUUAUAAAUAUGCUAGCGAAUGUAGGCUAAUCCUAAUUACAGUAAACCUGUGUGCAUUUUUUUUCUUUAAUUCUGCGGUUUUCGGGUUUUUGUGGAUUAGUCUGAUAAUUGCAACAAGUACUGUUAACUAAGACUAAGUCAACUUUUAUUUUUCUGUUGACCUGAACCAGUCGGUGGGCUUAGCUACACAGGCUACAGUAGGUUAAUUCCUGACGUCAGUUGGCGGCUCCCUGCGCAGAUCAGCUGUAGCAGACCAGCCCGGAGAGAGGAGAGAGAGAGCAGAUCAGAGCCACUGUCGGAGCCGGACUGCCCGAUUCUACAUGGAGGUGGACGCAUAAAGCUUUUUCGUUUGGACAGAGGUCUCAAAGCACUGCGGUAAAUGUCCUUGCUGAAAGUUUCUGAGUGGUAGUGACCCAGCAUGUAGCAGAGGUGAACAAGUCCCUUCACGCCUGGGAACAAUCUGACAACACAAUGGGGAAUUCAUACGCCGGGCAGCUGAAAUCUGCCCGAUUUGAAGAGGCUCUCCAUAACUCUAUUGAGGCAUCGCUGCGCUCGAGCAAUGGAGAUCCACAGCCCAUCUUCACACAGCUUUACCUUGAGCCAGAGCCGUAUCCUGGUAACAUGGAAGACAUGAAACCCAAAGCUCACCUCCAUGGUGGAGAGCUGCCAGGCCAUGACCUGUUAAAUGGCCACUCUUCCAAUGAUAUGGAGGAUCUAGAGGACGAUGAUGACUCAGACACCAGCAGCCCUCCUCUUCCUUACUUACAUACCUCUCCACCAGAUGGCUGCUGCACACUGGACGGGUUCUGUCAGGCCGGCAAGGACCUCCGCUUGGUCUCCAUAGCAACAGAGUCCAUUGAAGUCCCAGCAGGCUUUGAGUUGGUCGGCGCCAAGUCCCCCAGCGUCCCUGAGCACAUCCUGGUGUGUGCUGUGGACCGCCGCUUUUUGCCCGAUGAGAAUGGGAAAAAUGCACUUUUAGGUUUUUCAGGAAAUUGUGUCGGCUGUGGAGAGAAGGGUUUCAGAUACUUCACUGAGUUUUCUAACCACAUCAAUCUGAAGUUAUCCACUCAGCCCAAAAAGCAGAAGCACUUAAAAUACUACCUGGUGAAGAAUUCUCAGGGUGCUCUGUGCAAAGGACCCCUAAUCUGCUGGAAAGACUGUAAAACCCGACAGUUCUCCAGCAGUGUGUCAACAUCCAAACCCAGCUCGGCCUCCUCUCUCAGCAGUAAAGAAAAUGGAGGCGUCAGUGGACACAGCCCAUCUCCUUAUUCACUCUCAGAUUCUCCACCUACCAGAACAACACAAGCGUCUUCAGUGUUUUUCAGCAGCCAGGACCUCAGUAGAGACAGCAGUUUCAUCAAACCUCUGACCUCUACACCUGGAAACAAGACUCUACCAAUAGUACCCACAGCUUUGAGGGUGAAUGGCCCGACUAAUGGCCUGAGUGUUGAUGGUCAUUCUCCGUUACUGAGCCCCUCCCAAGUAUCAUUAGGGCCUCAAGGUCAGGGGUAUCGUACCUCUGAUUUAGGAGACAGCACUGUGUCCUCUGCCAUGAGCAAUGGUCCUCCAAAGAAACGUCAUCGCAGCUGGCAUCCCAGCCCACUGGUUCCUGUUCCACCAACAGUUGUCCCGGUGCCUGCCUUCCAUCCGACAGUUUAUUCUCCAGGAGCUACAUUAGUAGUAUGCACCCCUCAGCUACCAGCAGCAGAGGUCGUCCAGCCCCAACCUGUGACCACUGGAAAGGCUGUCAUUGUUCCUGACAUCACGCUCAACUCUUCGAGAGUUCGCCCUGUCGUACUCAUUGGGCAUGGCGCUUUACCUUAUUUCUGUGGUAAUGUAGUGUUGAGCCCCCUGCUGGUCAACUGCUAUAAGUGCAACCAGCUGACAGCAAAAACCAUGGACUCCUUGGGCCUCAGCAGCAGCCAGCUGCUCAGCGUGGAGACAAUGAUUUUGCUCACUUUACAAUACCUUGCACGUUUAGGUCCAGAACAGAUUCCUAUGAGAGAGGAACUCGAGCAGAUUGUUUUAAAGGCCAUGCUGUGCUGUCCUGGGGGUCCAGCCAUCUCCCCAUCCCAGUUGCCCUGGUUGGCUCGGCUGGAAGCCAGUGUGUCUGGCGGCACUGUACAAGUUUUGGUCAACAAUAACUCUUUGAAAGAUGGCAUUUCAGAGUCGCUGCGUUCUCUCAAUGAAAGCACGCACCAGCAGCAGUGCCAGCCCACAUAUGUGGUCAUUAUUUGUGCCAAUAAAAUGGGCGGCAAUGAGUUCUGUAUCCUUGUUUUGGGAAAAUAUCAAGCUCGGACUUUAGCUGAAGGAAUGUUGACAGCCAUUGAGUUUCUUAAGGAAAUCAGCUAUGAGCUCAUCACAGGGAAGGUCGUCACCAUGACAUCUUUCUUCAGAACCACCUCGCUUGGUGAGUUCUGCAUCAAAAGAGACAAUCUGGACAAGCAGCUGUUGCAAUACCAGCGCAGAAUGAAGGGACAGGUCAUCCAGCCCGUUCUGGGCGAUGUGACUGACCACAUCCACUCCCAGGAGGCUGCCAGCAUGUCAACACAGCCAGACAGAGUAGAGCUGUUAAGUAAGGUCUUCCAAAUUUAUCCAGCCCAGCUGAGAGUGGCUCGAAUGCUUCUCUCUCAAGUCUGCUCCAUCGCUGACUCAGGGACCCAGAACCUUAAUUUGGGGCGUUUCUGUAAAGUGGACUUUGUUAUAUUGGUCCCGCCUUCAAAUGUCCUGAUGCAUCAGACAGCACAGCGGAUCCGACAAUCAGGAGUGCUGCUGGACCUUGGGAUUGAAGAUGCCUUGUCAGCCCAUGAGAAAUCAGUCAAUUAUGUGGUGUGUCUGGAUGAUGCCGCGCCUACUAAGAUGGAGGCCUUCAUGAAUAAAGUCAAACAGAACCCCUACACACUGUUUGUCCUCAUUCAUGACGACUCCCACGUCAAUCUCACAAGUGGUACAGCCGACUUUGGGACCAAAGGGGAGUUUCAGGGUUUUGCUGACCGGGUGGUGAACUGCCAAGAAGUAUUAAAUGCCAUGAACCUGCUGGUCCUGCAAGUCAGCAGCUUCCCCUACACUAUGCAGACCCGUCAGUCCCGCAUAAGCCUCCACAAUGAAGUUCACUGGCCCCCCACUGAAAGUCCGCAGGGGGAGCAGUCUUGCAAGGAGCAGGUCUACUUUGGCUUGACGGACUACAGCAGCUCCCUGCAAUGGGGUGUGGCCAGCCCCAUUCUGCGUUGUGAUGAUGCUUUUGAAAAGAUGGCUGUUACCAUCCUGGAAAGAUAUCCAGACCUACACAGUAUGGUGAUUCGCUGCUUCCUGAUGAUUCAGCAGUACACUGAGGCUAUGAUGGCGAUGACCUCUUCUCCAUCCCUGAGAGACCACAUAACUCCAGAGACUCUGGCCAUGGUGGAGGACUUAAUAAACGCCCCGAAAAGAGAGGGAUCCCAGGGCCAGGGCCACAUGAUACUGAUCCGUAUCCCCUCACCACAGCUGGCAAAGGUGGCCCGGGACAGACUGGAGGAUGUGCGGGACAAACUGGGGCUCCAGUUGUGUUUCGCUGUGUUGCUAAGAAACCCUGAGAUGGAGCUCAACCUGCCUGACAACUUCAUCAGCCGCCUUAAGGCAUGGAGGGGCAUUGUGAAUGAAAAGUGGGUACCGCGAACCUUUGAGGAUCUUGAAGGGCUGCCAUGCAUCCUUAUCCUGACAGGACAAGACCCACUUGGAGAGACAUUGCCCAGGUCCCUUAAAUAUUGUGACCUACGCCUGAUAGCCACUGGCUACCAUACUCGUACAGCCCUGGAGCAGGAACUGGCUUUAGCCUGCACCUAUGUGACCACACCUGUGGUCCAAGAGCCCAAAAAAGCUACAACUCAGGAGUCAGAUGGAGAGAAGGCCAACACAAUUUUGAAUGAUGGAGAUGAGCUGGAAAGGCCUCAAAGUAACGGCAGUGCUGCUACCAGAACUUCAGGCUCUUUGGCAGAGAAUGGUGUCAGUUCUUCUGACAUUAACGACUCGGUCCAGAGGCUGUCCACAUCCACGUCCACGUCCACAUCCACCUGUCCGCUUGAAUGUGUCGUCACUUCAGACAGUCAAAGCUUCAAGCAGGAGUGUGAUUCUGUAGGGAGCCAGCUCCCUUCUAGCAACUCCAAAGACUCCAAGACAACUCCUUCUCUUUAUUCCAGUUCCUCAUCAACAUCAUCGUCAUACUCGCCAUCUUCCUCCUCUACCCAGAAGCCCAGUCAGUCCACACAGUGUGGCCGUGCCCCAAAGCCUGCGCGAGUGUCACCACGAACAGUCAUAAUGUCCCGACCGGCGUACAACCUGCUUUCAGGAGAGUCGGGGGGUCAGCUGAGCGCCAUAUCCCUGCUGCCUCAUUAUGACAUGGAGUGGAGUAGCCCACUGAAGCCUCCUAUCAGUCAAACCCUGCGAGGGAUAGAGGAGAGCUUGUACUAUCGCCAGUGGACCACUGCCAGGCAGCAUCACGCAGAUUAUGCAGCAUCUUCUGAACCUCAUCCACGACGCGUGCUACUCAUUGGACCUCCACAGGUGGGAAAAACAGGUGCCUACCUGCAGUUUCUGCGUAUCCUGUUUAGGAUGCUCAUCAGAUUGUUGGAGGUUGAUGUAUAUGAUGAGGAAGAGCAGGGAGAGGAGGAAGAAGAAACACCAGUUUCAGCUUCAGUAAAUUUCCAGUGGCCUGACAUUGAAGGAAUUCAAAGGCUGCCAUUUGACCCCUACCCUCGAGACCCUAAGUUUAGGAAGGCCAGUCCUGUUUACUCUGACAAGAUGCCAAAGUGCUUAAAAGUGUUUAAACAAGAAGGAGAGAGCCAAACACCAGCUAAACGAGAGACCAAGUCCAUACGUUUGAGCAAGUUUGCUGCCCAUAAUGCCUUUCACCACUGUGAACAGUGUCACCAUUACUGUGAAGCAGGCCCAGCUUCGCAGCUGUCAGAGUGCGUCUUCCAUACUUUCACCUUCUGCUCCUCCAUGCUGGGAGAAGAGGUCCAGCUUCAGUUUGUCAUUCCCAAAGCCAAGGAGAAGCACUUUGUCUUCAGUCAGCAGGGAAGCCAUCUAGAGAGCAUGCGCCUGCCACUGAUCUCUAACAAGGAUACUGAUAUGUUGAAGAGUCCAAUCUUUACCCCAACAACGGGACGCCAAGAGCACGGCCUGCUCAAUAUUUUCCACGCCCUGGAGGGUGCAUCUCAUUUACACAUCCUGGUAGUCAAACAGUUUGAGAUGCCUCUUUACAGGAAGUACUGGCCCAACCACAUUCUGCUUGUCCUGCCCGCUAUGUUCAACAAUGCAGGAGUCGGUGCUGCGCGCUUCAUGAUCAAAGAGCUGUCGUACCACAACCUGGAGCUCGAGAGAAAUCGUUUGGAGGAGCAAGGUGUCAAGAGACAAAAUGUAUGGCCUUUCAUUGUCAUGAUGGAUGACUCCUGCGUGUUGUGGAAUGCCCACCAGCCACUAGACAGCAGUGAAUCAUCAGAGGGAAGUUCAGCCAUCACCAAUGUGUCUCUGAAAACGGUGCUGAAGCUAAUGGAGACAACACCAAAGAUUUCCCUCUACGCAAUGUGUGGAACACGCAAGUGGAGCAGCGGCCUGUCCCAUCAGCCUCGUGGCCAGCCUUUCAGCCGAUGUCACCUCCACGACUUUAUCCUGCUCAACGUGGACCUGACGCAGAACGUUCAGUAUGACCUCAAUCGGUACAGCUGUGAGGAGGUGGAUUUUAAUCUGAGGGUGAACAGCAGUGGGCUGUUGCUGUGUCGCUUCAACAAUUUCAGCUUCAUGAAGAAACACAUUCCAGUUGGGGGGAACAAAGACUUUCUGGUCAAACCUAAACUCAUGGAAAUAGAAAAUCCUGUCCCAAUCAGACCAGCGCAGUACGUCUGCGCCCCAGACAGUGAGCAGACCCUCCUGGACGCCCCGGCCCAGUUCCUUCUAGAAAAGUUCCUCCAGAGCUGCAGCCAUAGACUGUUUCCAAUGGCUGUUGAGAACAGAGAUAACCCAGUUCUGUCCAUCGACAGCUACCUCAACCUCAGCCCAGAGAUUACUGUGUGCUACUUCAACUCUCGUCCACACUCCACCAACCUGAACCACCAGGGUCUGGUGUUCAGCGGCCUGUUGCUGUACCUCAGCGACUCCUUCAUUGUCUCUGGACUCCUCAAGAAAUUCCGUUUCCUCCAAGGUGCCACCCUCUGUGUGAUCUGCCAAGACAGAAGCUCCCUGCGUCAGACCAUCGUCAGACUGGAACUGGAAGACGAAUGGCAGUUCCGCCUGUGGGACGAGUUUCAGACGGCCAACUGCAGCGCAGAUCGACCCCUCUACUUUCUGACAGGCCGCCACAAUUGACCUGAAACCAGAAAUUAGAUUUGAUUAAAAAAAAAAAAAAAACAGCCAGCGACCACACAUGUUGCUGUUCCUGUGGAAGGUCAGAGUGGGUACACU